AACAUUCUGCUCGUCUCGCUCAUUGAUUUAGUAUUUUUUUGGACUUUGUUGUUAACGGUUGUUCGCUCGCACGUACGAAGCCCGAUCGCGUUCGUCAGAAAACAAGAUACAAAAUACAGCACACUCAAUUGAAAACGACAACCUAACAGUACGGUUUCCCAAAGCACCUAACAUUUCAAAAACCGAAACCCGCAAAAUGUUGUAACCAAAUAAUGUUUAAAUCACAUAUACACCUGCAUAUAUUUAUGAGAAAUUGUUAGACAAAUCCCAAAUAAUACCAGUUCCCCCAACAACCGCAACAAACACAAGUGCAAUUCAUCGGCAAAAAUUAAUAUAAAGUGCAAAUGCAUUGUAGCUGAAACUCAAACAAUAGUAAAAAUACAUACAUAAGUGGUGAAGAAGGAAAAGGAAAUAGUUCUUAAAAUAACGCAAAUCGAGAGCAUAUAUUCAUAUUUGUACAGAUAUUAUAUGGCGGCUGCAUAGUGCAAACCGUGCGGAUGAGGGAGUACAGCGGGACCGAAAUGUAAAUAGGAAACAACGAAGCCAGAACUCGAAAUCAAACAUCAGCAACGUGACACACAGACAUAAGACGCCCGUCUAGUCGUGGUCUGUGGAACGCCAGCUCCGCUUUGCCAGGAGCCGGAGACUUUUCCGCUUCCAAAAUAUUACAUAUGUACAUAUAUCGAAGGUAGUGCGCGAGUGAGUGAGGGAUUUGUGCCGUGGAUCCCGAUCCCCUUACAUAUACAUAAAGGUAGUGAAAAGAUUUUAUCCAACAUUCCAAAUAGUGCUUUGUCAACUGGAAUACCCUUUGUUCGAGAACGCAGUGGGCCCAUGGAUACUUGUGGAUUAGUAGCAGAACUGGCGCACUAUAUCGACGCAUAUGCUCUGAUUGUUUCCCGCACUAAAUGAGCAGGGAUUCGGGCGAAAAUGUAUUUUGAACGCAAGCAAGUGCGCAAAAAAUACUAGCUCCACCACGAAAUUCCACAAAACACCGCCACAAGUGAGCAGAACCUCGGGCCGCACUACCGAGCUUCGCACUGCAACAGAGGAUCUUACCAGGAGAUAGCUCUUCUCCACAUAUUGACCAACUGCCAGGGACAAGCUCCUUGUCCCCAGCCGACGCUAAGUGAACGGAAAACGGCCACAAAACGGCGACUAUCGGCUGCCAGAGGAUGAAGCGGCGCUGGUCGAACAACGGCGGCUUCAUGCGCCUACCGGAGGAGUCGUCCUCGGAGGUCACGUCCUCCUCGAACGGGCUAGUCCUGCCCUCGGGGGUGAACAUGUCGCCCUCGUCGCUGGACUCGCAUGACUAUUGCGAUCAGGACCUUUGGCUCUGCGGCAAUGAGUCCGGUUCGUUCGGCGGCUCCAACGGCCAUGGCCUAAAUCAGCAGCAGCAGAGCGUCAUCACGCUGGCCAUGCACGGGUGCUCCAGCACUCUGCCCGCGCAGACAACCAUCAUUCCGAUCAACGGCAACGCGAAUGGGAAUGCAGGCUCCACCAAUGGCCAAUAUGUGCCGGGAGCCACCAAUCUGGGAGCGUUGGCCAACGGGAUGCUCAAUGGGGGCCUCAAUGGAAUGCAGCAACAGAUUCAGAAUGGCCACGGCCUCAUCAACUCCACAACGCCCUCAACGCCGACCACCCCGCUCCACCUUCAGCAGAACCUGGGGGGCGGGGGCGGUAUCGGGGGAAUGGGCAUUCUUCACCACGCGAAUGGCACCCCAAAUGGCCUUAUCGGAGUUGUGGGAGGCGGCGGCGGAGUAGGUCUUGGAGUGGGCGGAGGCGGAGUGGGAGGCCUGGGAAUGCAGCACACACCCCGAAGCGAUUCGGUGAAUUCUAUAUCUUCAGGUCGCGAUGAUCUUUCGCCUUCGAGCAGCUUGAACGGAUACUCGGCGAACGAAAGCUGCGAUGCGAAGAAGAGCAAGAAGGGACCUGCGCCGCGGGUGCAGGAGGAGCUGUGCCUGGUUUGCGGCGACAGGGCCUCCGGCUACCACUACAACGCCCUCACCUGUGAGGGCUGCAAGGGCUUCUUUCGACGCAGCGUUACGAAGAGCGCCGUCUACUGCUGCAAGUUCGGGCGCGCCUGCGAAAUGGACAUGUACAUGAGGCGAAAGUGUCAGGAGUGCCGCUUGAAAAAGUGCCUGGCCGUGGGCAUGCGGCCGGAGUGCGUCGUCCCGGAGAACCAGUGUGCGAUGAAGCGGCGCGAAAAGAAGGCCCAGAAGGAGAAAGACAAAAUGACCACUUCGCCCAGCUCUCAGCACGGCGGCAACGGCAGCUUGGGCUCUGGUGGCGGCCAAGACUUUGUUAAGAAGGAGAUUCUUGACCUUAUGACAUGCGAGCCGCCCCAGCAUGCCACUAUUCCGCUACUACCUGAAGAAAUAUUGGCCAAGUGUCAAGCGCGCAAUAUACCUUCCUUAACGUACAAUCAGUUGGCCGUUAUAUACAAGUUAAUUUGGUACCAGGAUGGCUAUGAGCAGCCAUCUGAAGAGGAUCUCAGGCGCAUAAUGAGUCAACCCGAUGAGAACGAGAGCCAAACGGACGUCAGCUUUCGGCACAUAACCGAGAUAACCAUACUCACGGUCCAGUUGAUUGUUGAGUUUGCUAAAGGUCUACCAGCGUUUACAAAGAUACCCCAGGAGGACCAGAUCACGUUACUAAAGGCCUGCUCGUCGGAGGUGAUGAUGCUGCGUAUGGCACGACGCUACGACCACAGCUCGGACUCAAUAUUCUUCGCGAAUAAUAGAUCAUAUACGCGGGAUUCUUACAAAAUGGCCGGAAUGGCUGAUAACAUUGAAGACCUGCUGCAUUUCUGCCGCCAAAUGUUCUCGAUGAAGGUGGACAACGUCGAAUACGCGCUUCUCACUGCCAUUGUGAUCUUCUCGGACCGGCCGGGCCUGGAGAAGGCCCAACUAGUCGAAGCGAUCCAGAGCUACUACAUCGACACGCUACGCAUUUAUAUACUCAACCGCCACUGCGGCGACUCAAUGAGCCUCGUCUUCUACGCAAAGCUGCUCUCGAUCCUCACCGAGCUGCGUACGCUGGGCAACCAGAACGCCGAGAUGUGUUUCUCACUAAAGCUCAAAAACCGCAAACUGCCCAAGUUCCUCGAGGAGAUCUGGGACGUUCAUGCCAUCCCGCCAUCGGUCCAGUCGCACCUUCAGAUGACCCAGGAGGAGAACGAGCGCCUCGAGCGGGCUGAGCGUAUGCGGGCAUCGGUUGGGGGCGCCAUUACCGCCGGCAUUGAUUGCGACUCUGCCUCCACUUCGGCGGCGGCAGCCGCGGCCCAGCAUCAGCCUCAGCCUCCGCCCCAGCCCCAACCCUCCUCCCUGACCCAGAACGACUCCCAGCACCAGACACAGCCGCAGCUGCAACCUCAGCUGCAACCUCAGCUGCCACCUCAGCUGCAAGGUCAACUGCAACCCCAGCUCCAACCACAGCUUCAGACGCAACUCCAGCCACAGAUUCAAGCACAGCCACAGCUCCUUCCCGUUUCCGUUUCCGCUCCCGUGCCCGCCUCCGUUACCGCACCUGGUUCCUUGUCGGCGGUCAGUACGAGCAGCGAAUACAUCGGCGGAAGUGCGGCCAUAGGACCCAUCACGCCGGCAACCACCAGCAGUAUCACGGCUGCCGUCACCGCUAGCUCCACCACAUCAGCGGUACCGAUGGGCAACGGAGUGGGAGUCGGUGUUGGGGUGGGCGGCAACGUCAGCAUGUAUGCGAACGCCCAGACGGCGAUGGCCUUGAUGGGCGUAGCCCUGCAUUCGCACCAAGAGCAGCUUAUCGGGGGAGUGGCGGUCAAGUCGGAGCACUCGACGACUGCAUAGCAGGCGCAGAGUCAGCUCCACCAACAUCACCAACCCAACAUCGACGUCCUGCUGGAGUAAAAAGCGCAGCUGAACCCACACAGACAUAGGGGAAACGGGGGAGUUCUCUCCAGAGAGUUCGAGCCGAACUAAAUAGUAAAAAGUGAAUAAUUAAUGGACAAGCGUAAAAUGCAGUUAUUUAGUCUUAAGCCUGCAAAUAUUACCUAUUAUUCAUACAAAUUAACAUAUAAUACAGCCUAUUAACAAUUACGCUAAAGCUUAAUUGAAAAAGCUUCAACAACAAUUGGACAAACGCGUUGAGGAACAGGGAGAAAAACAUUUAAGAGAACCAUUGAAAAUCAUGAAAUUUAGAAUACAUUUUUUUUGGGUGGAUGUACGACGCAUCAGACUCACGAUCAAUUCUCGAAUUUUGUUAACUAAAUUGAUCCUCCAAACUGCAUGCGAAACAGAUCAGAAAAGAGAACAGACAGUAGGGCGUGAACAGAGGGAAGAGAGAAGAGAAUAAAGAUUGUUUAUAUUUAAAAAAUAUAUAAAAUAAUAAUUACUAACUCUAAACGUAAUGAAAGCAACUGUAUAAUAUCUAACUAUAACUAUAAAUUCGUACUGUAGGGAAGUGAGAAAAUCUGUUAAAUGAAACAAAAAAUUAUGAUAAUAAUACUAUCAUCCACCAUAAUUAAAAUCAUUUAAAAUAAUUAAAAACAAACCACUUUUAAAACACGCAAAACUUGGACUGAUUUUAUAAAUAUUUUUUAAUCAUAAAGAAAGGCAACCUGAAAAAAAUAUUACAAAAACCAAUAACAACAUAUUUUAUUAUGACACCCUUUUAUUUUUUCAAAACAAGAAUUUAAAUUCUUAGAUUCUUUCAAAUUAAUUUCAUCCAAAAAUAUUAGCCAGCAAAAACCUUAUUAUUGGCAUUGUUUUUAGACAUGUUUUCAAAAAAACUUUGAUAUUGAAACUAAACAAAGGAUAAUGAAAUGAAAGUGAUUGGAGUCUUACUCAAAAACCAAAAGGCAUCAAAAGGUAUUAAAUUUAAAAUAUAAUCUAAUUUCGAGUUCAACAAACACUUUUUGGUGGAAAAUAGUUUUCAAUCACUUUGAUAAAAACCACACAAAUGAAUAAAUACAUGCAUACACCAAAAGACUUCAAUAUAUAUUUUUAAAAUUUACAUUUGUAAUUCGAAAUUUGAAUAAGAAACACAUUCAUCUAAUUUGGCAAAAUCAAAAUUUUUUAUGAAAGCCACAAAAAAAAACGUGCAAAUUUGUUUACUUCGGCAA